AUGGAGCAGCAAGAAAAUCAACUGGACAGAGAAAGACUCUCCUGUGCGAUCUGUCUGGAUCUGCUGAAGGAUCCGGUGACUACUGGCUGUGGACACAGCUACUGUAAGAGCUGUAUUAACACCCACUGGGACAAAGAGGAGGAGAGAGGAAGCUACAGCUGUCCUCAGUGUAGACAGACCUUCACACCGAGGCCUGUCCUGAAGAAAAACACCAUGUUAGAUGAUUCACUGGAGGAGCUGAAGAAGACUGGACUCCAAGCUGCUCCCGCUGAUCACUGCUAUGCUGGACCUGAAGAUUGUAUCUGUUAUCUCUGCUCUGUGGAUGAACAUAAAGACUACGACACAGUGUCAGCUGCAGCAGAAAGGACUGAGAGGCAGAGAGAGCUCGGGCUGAGGAGACAAACAAUCCAGCAGAGAGUCCAGGACACAGAGAAAGACGUGAAGCUGCUUCAACCGGAGGAGGAGGCCAUCAACGGCUCUGCUGAUAAAGCAGUGGAGGACAGUGAGAAGAUCUUCACUGAGCUGAUCCAUCUGCUGGAGAAAAGAAGCUCUGAUGUGGAGCAGCAGAUCAGAUCCCAGCAGGAAACUGAAGUGAGUCGAGUCAGAGAGCUUCAGGAGAGACUGGAGCAGGAGAUCACUGAGCUGAAGAGGAAAGUCCAUGAACUGAAGCAGCUCUCAGACACAGAGGAUCACAACCAGUUUUUACACAACUACCCCUCAUUGUCACCACUCAGUGAAUCUACACACUCAUCCAGCCUCAGGAUCCAUCCUCUGAGGGACUUUGAGGACGUGACAGCAGCUGUGUCACAGGUCAGAGGUCGACUACAGGACAUUCUGAGUGACACAGAGACAGAGAUUUUACAGAUUGUGUCUCAAGUGGAUGUUUUACUGACACAACCAGAGCCAGAGACCAGAGCUGACUUCUUAAGAUAUUCACAGGAAAUCACACUGGAUCCAAACACAGCAAACAAUUAUCUGUUAUUAUAUGAUGGAAACAGAAAAGUAACAGGAAUGAGUGAUGAUCAGUCUUAUUCUGAUCACCCAGACAGAUUCACCUUUUUCUUUCAGGUCCUGAGUAGAGAGAGUCUGACUGGACGUUGUUACUGGGAGGUGGAGAUGGGGGGAGGAGUAUUUGAUAUAGCAGUCACAUACAAGAAUAUCAGCAGAGCAGGAGACUCAGAUGAAUGUGCAUUUGGAUACAAUGAUAAAUCUUGGUAUUUAUCUUGUGAUGGAAACAGUUAUGACUUUUGUUACAACAGAAUCAAGACUCUAGUGUCAGGUCCUUGGUCCUCCAGAGUAGGAGUGUACCUGGAUCACAGUGCAGGGGUUCUGUCCUUCUACAGCGUCUCUGACACCAUGACUCUCCUCCACAGAGUCCAGACCACAUUCACUCAGCCUCUCUAUGCUGGAGUUUAUGUUUAUCGGUCUGGAUCCACAGCUGAGUUCUGUAUACUCAAAUAA